UAGAAACUUUUAACGAUGCUAUCACCGCACCGUUUUCGAUCCGGUGUGGUGGGGACUGCAGCAACCGUCGCCGUCGUGUACUUCCUCAUUAGUUGCUUGAAGAAAGCGGGAACCGCGAUCCCAAGCUAUGCCAGGAUAGUUACUAAUGACUUGGAAAAAUUUCCGCAGGUUGUUCAUUCUUCGCCAUCCGGGGUAAUAUCCGUCGCCCCACCAGCUGUCUCACCAGGACACAAUUGGGAAAUGCCCGAUGAGUUUGGUACCCUGGAGAGAUUCUUGAAGCCCACCAGGUUUUCUUCGGAGCAGUUGGCUGUUUACACCAGAGAUUACGCCACCUUGCUCGGUUCCAGCGGUUACGGAGUUGUCUUCAAAGGUGAGUUGCCGAACGGAACUCUGGUGGCCGUCAAAGUGCUCACGAACGCCCGCGACAAGAGGAUCGAGGAGCAGUUCAUGGCAGAGGUGAGCUCCAUUGGAAGAACCCACCACAUAAACCUUGUCAGGCUCUACGGCUUUUGCUUUGAUCCGACAACGAGGGCGCUCGUCUACGAGUACAUGGAAAAUGGGUCCCUUGACGGGUUCCUGUUCGGGGACAAGACGGCGAUCGAUUGGUGCAAGAUGCACGAGAUUGCGGUGGGGACCGCCAAGGGGAUCGCCUACUUGCACGAGGAAUGUGAGCAGAGGAUCGUCCACUACGACAUAAAGCUCGGGAACAUCCUCCUGGACCGGAACUUGACCCCGAAGGUAGCGGACUUUGGGCUUGCCAAGCUCCACAACAGGGAAAGCAGUUGGAUCCUCAUGACGGGGUUCCGCGGAACCCCCGGGUACGUGGCGCCUGAGAUGUGGCAGCCGUAUCCUGUGACCUACAAGUGCGACGUGUACAACUUUGGGAUGCUCCUAUUCGAGAUCGCGGGGAGGAGGAGAAAUCACGACCCGAACCUGAGCGAGUCCACACAGUGA